AUGGGGGCGUUCCUGGUGGGCGGGGCUUCAUCUGAUCCGACCCAUUUUGAAAGUGAACCAUCGGCUCCAGUCGCAGCUUCAGACCCAAACAUCAACAGUCAGAACCGAGACCCAGAAAGUUCCGGUCCGUGUCCCCCAGUCCCGGGCCUCCUACCCAGCCGCCGCCAUGAUGCGUAAAGACGUGAACAAGCCGAAGGGGAAGACGUCGGCGUACGCCUUCUUCGUCCAGACGUGUCGAGAGGAGCACCGCAAGAAGAACCCGGAGCAGUCCGUCAACUUCGCCGAGUUCUCCAAGAAAUGUUCUGAGAGGUGGAAGGCUCUGUCCCCCGGGGAGAAGAAGCGUUUCGAGGACAUGGCGAAGGCCGACAAGGUUCGCUACAACCGAGAGAUGAGGGACUACGUUCCUCCUAAAGGCUUCGGCAAGAGAGGCCGCAAGAGGAAAGACCCCAACGCCCCCAAGAGGCCGCCGUCGGCGUUCUUCGUGUUCUGCUCCGAGUACCGUCCCAGCGUGAAGCAGCAGUACCCGGGUCUGUCCAUAGGGGACUGUGCUAAGAAGCUGGGGGAGAUGUGGAGCAAACUGGUCCAGUCUGAGAAGCUGCCCUACGAGGAGAAGGCCCAGAAGCUGAGGGAGAAGUACGACCGGGACAUGGUGGCGUACCGCGGGGGAGGAACCUUCGCCAGGAACCCGGACGCUGCUGCCCAGGGGGCCGAGGAAGAGGAGGAUGAGGAGGGAGAGGAGGAUGAGGAGGAGGAGGAAGAUGACGAGUAGAGAGGAAGAGGAGGGAUGGUGUGUUUGAGAGGAACCAGUCUGGUUCCAAACGGGUCAGGGACUGAACCCUGGUAGACCGGAUCAGAACCCUGCUAGACCGGAUCAGAACCCUGCUAGACCGGAUCAGAACCCUGCUAGACCGGAUCAGAACCUUCCUCUGAGGCUGCUUCUGUUGGGUCCACUUGGUUCUGCAGUACCACUGCUCCACCAGCAGGAGGAGGCAAACAGGCAGGACUGGCUGCCCUGAUGGGACCUGGAACCAGACCUGUGUGAUCCAGGUCUCGUUCCAGGUCCUGACCUGGAACCAGAACUGGGUGAUCCAGGUCCUGACCUGGAACCAGAACUGGGUGAUCCAGGUCCAGACCUGGAACCAGAACUGGGUGAUCCAGGUCCAGGGUCCUCCAGGCUGCUCAGAACCUCUGGUAUGUUUGUAUUAAACUGAAUCAGAACCUGAACUGGUCUCUGGGAGGUCCAGUAGCAGGGGUGGAGCUGGUUCCCUCAGGAACAGAACCCGCUCUAAAGGGGCCGGUAGGUCCGACCUGUCAAAUGAUGUCAUGUUGGAUGGAGUCUCCAUGAGGACAGAAUGUCCACCGGAGACCUAGGGACAGUUUUAACUACAUGGAAGGGGGCGGGGCCAUAGCAGGCCCCGCCCCCUUCCAUUCAUUGGUAGAGGACAUCAUAGCUGACCUAUCCUGGACUCUGAUGGGUUCUGAUCAGAUCACACCUUUACCGGGUCCAACAGAACCAGUAGACCUGGUUCAGUUAUCCACCCAGAUCCACUCUGAUAACUACACCAGAACCACUGAGGUUCUGAUCAUGGACCCAGUAGCAGACGGACCCAUUGACCUGGUUCUGGUUCUGAAUCGGUAGCAGACGGAACCAUUGACCUGGUUCUGGUUCUGAAUCGGUAGCAGACGGACCCACUGACCCGGUUCUGGUUCUGAAUCGGUAGCAGACGGAACCAGUGACCUGGUUCUGGUUCUGAAUCGGUAGCAGACGGACCCAGAGACCUGGUUCUGCUUCUGAGCCGGUAGCAGACGGACCCACUGACCCGGUUCUGGUUCUGAAUCGGUAGCAGACGGACCCAGAGACCUGGUUCUGCUUCUGAGCCGGUAGCAGACGGACCCACUCACCCGGUUCUGGUUCUGAAUCGGUAGCAGACGGACCCAGAGACCUGGUUCUGGUUCUGAGCCGGUAGCAGACGGACCCACUGACCUGGUUCUGGUUCUGAAUCGGUAGCAGAUGGAACCAGUGACCUGGUUCUGGUUCUGAAUCGGUAGCAGACGGACCCGGUGUUCCGGGUCUGACCAGGCUUCCUGGUUCGGACCGGUGACCCAGUUCUGACCCGGUGCUGGUUCCCCUUAAGCCACCUGUCCCUGUGUGAGUGUGAACGGUGUGAGUGACGUAGCCCCGCCCUCCUCCCUGUUGCCAUGGUGACCCCUCCCCUUGGUGUUUUUGUUCUUGUUCUGUCACAGUAGAAACUGCAGCUUUUAUAAUAAAACUACCAACUGCA